AUGGGAAAGACAGUGGAACUACUGGCACUAAUCCUCACAAAUGGCCGCGGGGAUAAACAACCAAUGUCUUCUAUUGAGCAAAAGGAAGUUGAAUUGGAUCUGCGAAGUGAUUUUGACAAGGAUGUGGCAGCUACAGUCGAAUAUUUGACGUCUUCUGUUGUAGCUAUGGCUGAUUCUGAGUUUUUGGCUCCUCCCAAAAAGCGUUUUCGAAGCAUCACCGGUUCCAGUGGCAGAGGACAAAGUGUUAUUUGCACUAUCUGUAAGAAACGGCAUCGACUAGCUGAUGUGCACUGGUCGCGAGAUUAUGAGAAGGAUGGGCGAUUAUUCAUUUGUCCACUAUGCAUUGAGAAUAAUAAAAUGGAUUUCGAGGUUUCGACUACCUUGAUAAUUGUACCAGAAUCGCUGUUGCAUCAGUGGUAUGAAGAAAUACGCCGACACUGCAAAGAAGAAGUGAUCAUCGAUGUUUACUAUGGUGUUGGUGCGGAGGGGUAUAAACAUCCGGUAUAUAUGGACACGUGUGAUAUCAUUUUGUGUAGCUACGAAACUCUGCAAAAAGAGAUCUUCUAUGUGCCCUCGGGCUCAGGAGCAAUUGAAUUACGGAAACGUUCCCGGCCAAGCACUCAGAAGUAUCCCAGCCCGCUUCUGGCAGUGAACUUCUUGCGCAUCUGCUUAGAUGAGUCCCAGCUUGUAGAGAGUAAGGUGAAAGCUGCCGCCAAGAUGUGCUCGUUCCUCCGAGGUCGUUACCAUUGGUGUGUUACAGGCACUCCGCUGUCGAAGUCUGUCAAUGAUUUAUACGGGCUUGUAUGCUUUCUUGGACUAUUUCCAUAUUAUAUCGACUCUGUAUGGGAGCAUUAUCUGUUCAACCCAUGGACCACUGGGAAAAGGAAGGCAAUGAUCAAUUUGUUAACGCAAUUGAUGUGGAGAAAUACAAAGAAAGAUGUGGCUGACCAGUUGGAUAACGUCGUCCGCCAAGAUCGCCUUGUCGAGCUAUCCUUCUCACCUAUUGAGGAGAGACUCUAUUCUGCAAAAAUAGAGAAAUCUAAGGAGAAAAUGCGGACAUUAUUAGAUUCUCUGCUUUGCAACAACGAUCCAGAUACACCGCUAAGUUCGCUUCCUUCCGCAACUGUAGAUGCAAUUUUUGCUAUCAUCAAUGAUGUCAGGAUCUCAAUAUUAGCUGGCGAAUCACAUAAACACAAGAAAGAUUUGAAUUGCAUAGCAGACUUUCGCAUGUUCUCGCCUAAGCUUAUAUUUCGGAAACUGUUUGAAGACGCCAGAACUGCCGUUGUGCAACGUCAUCGUGAAAUGGUCGCAAAUCGAAACGCUUUGGCUGGGAUUUAUUUACUUUUGGGAGAAGAACAUCAGGCUCUGGAUUGGUACAAGCAAGCCUAUAGCAUUCAUGAAGAGCAGAAGGAACUCAAUCGUUUGCUUGGUUUGGUGGAGGGAACG